UAGCUACUCCAAAACCUCGACCUUUUUAGUAAAAACCCUUCACCCAUUGCUCACGGCCGGUGCGCUUUGCCGGGAACUUCAUCGCCGUCUACUCACGAAGAAGACACCGAGAACAGAGGACGAGUUUAGCUUUGGAAGGAUGGUGGGGCUUUCUUCCGGGGAGAAGCACUUCAUACGCGGGGGAAUCGCGCAGGAUCUCCGGUCAGACGGCCGCCAACGGCUCAACUAUCGGCCUGUCUCCGUCGAAGUCGGGGUCAUUCCGCAGGCAAAUGGUUCUGCUCGAGUUAGAUUGGGAGCAACUGAUGUGAUUGCCAGCAUCAAGGCUGAGCUUGGGAGACCAGACCCGCUUCGACCAGACAAAGGGAAAGUUUCUAUUUUUGUUGACUGUAGUCCGACAGCAGAGCCAAAGUUCGAGGGCAGAGGUGGGGAGGACUUAUCUACAGAGCUCUCAGUUGCCCUUCAGAGAUGCUUAUUGGGUGGUAAAAGUGGUGCAGGGGCGGGAAUUGAUCUCUCAUCUUUGAUGAUUGCCGAGGGUAAGAUUUGCUGGGACCUAUACAUUGACGCACUUGUUGUUAGUUCAGAUGGCAAUCUACUGGAUGCAUUAGCUGCUGCUAUCAAGGUUGGAUUGAGCAACACAGGUAUCCCAAAAGUUACAGUUGAUCUUGGAACUGCACCAGAUGACCAACCUGAGGUCGAUGUCAGUGAUGAAGAGUUCUUACAGUUUGACACAUCCGGAGUUCCUCUCAUAGUAACUGUAACUAAGGUUGGCAGGCACUACAUCGUCGAUGCAACCUCAGAAGAGGAGUCUCAAAUGAGCACUGCAGUGUCAGUCUCAGUGAACAAGCGCGGGCAUAUCUGCGGGAUGACGAAAAGGGGUGGUGCAGGCUUAGAUUCUAGUGUUAUUCUCGACAUGAUAUCAGUCGCAAAACAUGUGAGCGAACAUCUGUUAUCUGUACUUGAUUCCGAGAUUGCUGUUGCAGAAGCAGCUGCCAUGUCCUGAUCUUAUUCAAAAAUUGACAAUUUGUAAAACUAUUCACUUAAUCAAGUUUACUGACUUUUAUGUA